GAUGGGAAUCAAGUUUGCAGAUUUAUGCACGCGUCUUCUUUCCCGCUCAAAACAUCCUCGAGGUGCCAAGAAAAGAUGAAAAGAGUCAGAACUUUCCUCAACCAGUGAGGUUUAUAGAGGGCACAAUAAACAUCCACAGGCAACCAUGUGUCAGCUGUCUCCUACAAGUGGAAAGAAGAUGAUGAUUAAAAGUUUGUUAAAUAAGUGAUUGAAAGGCAAGGCAUGUGCAUACAAUCAGCCUUCAUUAUUUGCCGAUGAGGAACCUACAGAAAGGACAAUGCAAUCCUCAAUGGGCCAGGAGCUUUUUGACAUCACUAAAGACAAAGAAAAGACUCAGCAACAACCAAUUAGACUCACUCUGUUGAGUACCGAAUGGAGGCCAUCUCUAUUAAACCUUUCUAUAAUCAUAAGAGGACUUGCCAUAGAGUUAGCUAAAGACCCACAUGUGGAAGUUAGUGUCUUUGUUCCUCACUGCAGUGAAGAGGACAGGAGAAAUGCUGCAGGUUACAAUGUUCAGCUCAUUGAAGCAGAGAAAAUGGUUCCUGUUACUCAUCCAAUUGACUGGCUGAUUAAUUUACCCCAAGGACAUGUCAUGGAUUGUGUUUUAGCUUAUGGUGCAAGUGAUGGUAGAGAAGUGCCUUACAUCAUCAAAAAGCAGCAUAAUUGUAAAUGGAUUCAAGUGGUUCUUGAGGAACCUGGAAGGAACAUCACAGACCUUUCAGAGGGUGAAAAAUGGGAUCAGGCAGAAGUGGAAAUCUGUGAGAUAGCUGAUCAAAUUUUAGCCAUUGGGCCUAAGCUUGCAGAUGCAUAUCAACACUACUUUUAUUCUAGGAAUAUAGAUCAAACUGUGUUAAUUUACACCCCAGGCAUUUUCUCUGAGAUUUGGGAUGUUCCACAGUUAGAUGUUGUGGAUAUCAAAGAAUCAUCACCUUUUGUUGUUUUACUAUUUGGUCUCAGUGGAAAACUUGAAAUUAAGUGGUGGGAAAUUGUUGCUGAAGCAAUGUCUGCAUCGGAGGAUGAAACCCACAUACACAUUUUACUCUCCUCAGAGGUAAAUACAGAUGCCAUGGAAAGAAAGUUAUUUGAUAGUUUCAUAAGACACAAUCGACUGUUCUUUAAUGUUGUCGUUAAUAACAGCUUUACAAUAGCAGAACUUACUAAUUUAUUCAGUGAGGCAGAUCUUGCCAUAAUGCCAUUCUGGACUGAAAGUUUUGAAUUAGCAGCACUUGGAGCCCUAUCUGUUGGUUUGCCAAUGCUUGUCAGAGGUUCUUCAGGAUUUGGGAAGGUUCUAAAAGAAGUUCCCUUAGGCCCUCAGUGUGUAGUUGACUCUGAUGAUCCUAAAGACUGGACCAAGGAAAUUAGAGCAAUACAACAAAAACCUAGGGUAGUGCGACUUAAAGAGAUGAAACUUAUCCGUGAAAACUACUCGGAGAAAUACAACAUGGAGGAAUCCUCUGGAAGACUUUUGAAAAAGAUGCUUGAGUUGGUGUCAGGUAGAUCUAAAAGCAGAUUAAAGUCAAGGCGAUCUUCAGCUAAAAGGUCAUCACCUGGUGUUCAUGAGUUCACUGCCAAGAAACAUAAGGGAGAGCCAAUGACUUUGCCAUCAACAUCCACUAAGGAAACAACCCACUAUAAAGAGUGGCUGCAACAAAGGGAGAGAGAAUCAAUGCUGAUUGAAGAAGAUGUUCCCAUGGAGGGCGUGAUGUCCCAGUUGGUAAAUGUUAAGAUGGAACCAGAUACUGUGGAACACUUAGAAUUGAAAAAAGAUCCAUUGCUGGAUGUUGAAGUGAUCACAAGAUCUGUCCUUUUUAGGGGUGAAGUUACAGAAAGAGGUUGUGUAUGGAACCUACCGGAAGCAGCCGCCUACUUCACAUUUCAUGAGGGAGCUGUGCCAAAACCUUUGUUAUUUACUUGUUCAGUAUUGCCUGUUAAACUUCGCUGUCCGCCCAUUUCUAGUGAUGAACUUUUGGUAAGCAAUGUGAUUGAAUUGUCACAUGAUGGUCCACCAGACCUAGAGUUAAGUGGAGAUGAUGAAGGAAACGUAACUGUGGCUUUGUUGCACAGUGCAACUGAUUUGAAGGGCUAUGAAGUGGUUAUCAAGCAAUUGGUGGAUCCAUAUGACAACGUAUGGAAGGAUUUGGAGACUUGGCAUGCAUCAGAAAAACCAGAAGUUUCUGACUGGCGUCAGCUUGUUGAAGCUACAUGCACCCCGUCACGAUGUUCCUCGUUUGCUGCCAUCUGGCGCCUAAAGUCCUUCACAUUCACAAGACGUACUUCAGUGGCUCCUCAAUUCACAUGUGUAGUACCUGACUUUCCAGACAUACGCGUUGAAGUUCCUUCCAGUUCUGUACCUGUUGAUCAGGACUUUACUCUGACAAUUAAGGUACAAGAAUUUCCAAGCAAUGAGGUUGAAGACAUUGGGAUACUGUGUGGUCCUGUCAUUCACAUUUCAAGCUCUCAGAACAUUGUACAUAUGGAGCCUGUGACUUUCAAGGUUCCCCUCGCCCUUCGUGAAAGUAAACAUGACUUUUCAGAGCUUUCAAGUGAAAUCAUAAAGAUAUUAUACCUCGACUCAGAGAGCAAACCAUGGAACGCUAGCUGGACGGAUAUCACAGGUCAUCUAGAAGGGCCAGUUACUGUUAAAGAUGGAAUUGUAGAAUUCAAAGUGAAGCAUUUCUGUCGAUUCUGUGUCUGCGCGUUCCGUAAACCCGUUGCUCUUUUGGAAGAUUUUUUUCGUCGUCUUUUCUUCAGACCCAUGCCUCAAUGUGUACAUUUUCUCACUUGUUUAUGUAAGACAACAGUUCCUGAUACUUACGGCCUUUUACUGUACUGUUAUCCAAACUUUAAAAAAGCUGAGGUGGAAAAGAAAUUGUCAAGCUAUGACGCACCUUACAAAGGUGAAGGAAAGUCAAAGGAGCCUGCUUGUGUCGGGGAUGAAAUUGUGGUUUCCCCAUUAGCGCUUGAUUUUGUGAGGGAGUCUCAAAGGAAAGAAAAGGUAGUUCUCAGGUUUCUUGGAAAUGAUAUAUCUGACAACAGUGACAUGGCUUUGAUUGUUCGCGUGGACAGCGAAAGUGUUCCAACAGUGAAGUUCUCCAAAGACGAAGAGCUGCAAAAACUUCUCUGUGAAGUGCCGAUCUUGAAGACUCGACCAGCGUCUUCGGUUCCUGUAACAGAGGGCGGAGAUCAAAGAUUGGUACCGGAGGAAAGACCUGCACUUGUUAAAGAUGGUGAACCAGAUGAUGUUGAAUUGUCUGACAUAGCCGAGAAAAUUCCUCAACUGUGGAGAAAACUCGGACGUAUUUUAAGAGUUCCACGGGAAAAUCUAAACGAGCUUGGUAUAAAUCACAGGGACGAUGCCUAUGAAAGGGCUUUCCAAGUACUAUCGAGCUGGAAGGAAACUUUAAGUGAUGGUGCAAUUUCAGGGUAUCAAGUAUUGUUCGAUGCCUUGACCAAAAUUGGCCGCAGUGAUUUGGCCAAAAAGUAUUGUUGUUACUGAUUCAAGUUGCGUGGUUUCGAAGAAAGAAAAAGUUACCAGCCGGCAGAGAUGCUUUUUAAUACUUUUUAGGUAGAUCUUUACACAGAUCUAAUUCAUACUCGCGUCUAGACCUAAGAUAAUUAAGUAUCAUCAACUGAAGUGAUAACGUAAAUUGGCCACCGUAAAGAGUUUCAAAGCUGACGUUUCGCGCGUUAGCCCUUCGUCAUUCGCUCUAACGAAGGGCUAACGCUCGAAACAUCAGCUUUGAAACUCUUUACGAUGGCCAAUUUGCGUUAUUAACUCAGUUGAUAAUACUAAAUUACCCAGUUAUCACUGUCUUACCGACGCAGCACCACAGUUUAUUUCGAAACUUACCCCGGGGGCCGGUCAUUAUUUCUCGCCUGGGUUGAGGUGGGUAGGAUGAUAUUGGUUGUGUCACAAUGAAGUUUACCUAAUCCCCCCAUAAGGAUUUGAAGUAUUCUAACGACCCCCUCCCCCCUCCCCUCAUUGGCAAUGAAUUUCUAUAAUUUUCCCUUUAUACUCUGUUACAGACGACUAAUCCCCCUCUGUUCCCCCCUGAAAACCGUGUGAUCCCCAAAAUCCUCCGAAUCCCCCCUUCAGCAGAUGAGUAAGACUGGCUCCUAAGCUGGUCUUAAAGAAGCAGAACACGCUAAUCUUACGAAACUGAGUCAGCAACAAUCAUUUUACCAUUGUGAACGAAGUUUCAUUUUUUAACCAAGAAAAUAAUUUUUUAUUGUAUAUAAGAAUCAAAACUACCUUUUUAAGUCCGUGUUUGUAAUUAUAGAAGAUUUUCCAGUGUAUUAUUCAUUAAUUUUACUCUACAGUAUUCAUGUAUAGUCUUUGAAUUUUCAAGUAGCUGUACGUACCACUUUUAAACGAUUACGUACCCUUUUGUUUCCAUAUCCUCUAAGGAAUUUCUACGGAAGAUAUUUUUCAUUCACUCCACUCCAGUUUUAAGCGUACAUAGCUGUAAACUCGUUAGUAAACACACAUACAAUAUUUGAAUUUGUAAAUACUGAGGCCAUAAACAGUGUGAGAAUGAAGAAUUCGCUACCGGUAGACUCACGUCGAAUUGUGCCAGCGAUAACGUCGCCAAAAUUUCCCAAGACAACUACAUAUCUAGGUAAAGGAGACCACAGUUUUUUUACUCAGUAAGUUUGAAACAACGUAAGACUAGAUAGAAGGCCAGUUCUGUUGAGAAGGCUAUAACAAAGAUAUCAGAAGACGUCUUCAGUGGUUGUUAUUUCACGCGUGUUUAUUUUACACUGAGCUGUAUAAAAAGUAUGACACUCGCAUCGCGCAUGAUUUGAGAAACUGUUCUUUCU